AUGUUCGCGCAUGACAUGCUGGAGGCCAGCUGCGGCCAGGUGAGCAUCGACGACGUGGAGGGCCCGGUGCUGAGGCUCCUGGUGGCCUACACGUAUACCCUGCAGGCCCCCCAGCUGCCCGACAUGGCCGCCCAGCUGCCAUCGGCGGCCGACAAAUACGGCUUGUCGGCCCUGAAGGCUGCCUGCGAGCGGCAGCUGAUCUCGCAGUUGGCCGUCGAGACCGCAGCGGCGACGGCCGUCACGGCAGUGAGGCACUCGUGCCCGGACGCCACCAGGGCUGCCGUCGCCUUCAUAAAGGACCACCUGCAGGUGAUGGCCACGCGGGGCUGGGCGGACGCUGUGCUCGAGUACCCGCAAGAAGUCAUUGAAGUCAGCAGUAUGGUCGGAGGGCCACCCGCAGAAGACAGCUUGCCGACCGCCACAGGGGGCGGGUCCACCCCCAACUCUGACAGUCAACCCCACAGUGGCCACAGCCGGACUCCUGCUGCAGCUGCGCCUCCCACAUCUGCCAGACACACCCCUCCACCUGAUGACGCAGCCGUCUCUCGCUUCCGGAGCCUUUCUGAGGAGGAGCGAGGCAGGAGGCUGAGAGAGAGAGGCCACGCGGCUGUGGUGCGGCUGCUGCUCUCUGCGGCGUCCGACCCCAACGCCAGGGAUCAGUGGGGGCAGACGCCGCUGCACUGGGCGGCAUGGAAUGGCCAAGCAGAAGCGGCGGCUGCGUUGCUGCAGGCCGGAGCCGACAGGGGGGUGAGGACUAAUAAGGGGAACACCGCCCUGGACAUCGCCAGGCGGUACAACCAUCAGGAGAUCGUCAGGAUGCUAACACAGAGUUAA